CAUUAAAGCGUCCAGAUGGUCUUCAAUAUUUCCACAGAAGGAGACACUGUAAUCUCUCUGGGGAGCUCGUUCCCGUGCUCACUCAUCCGCAAAGUAAUUUUUUCUCACGUUCAGAUGGAACCUCCUACAUCCCCAUUUGUCCCCGUGCGCGCCGUUGGACGGACGUCAUCACGGCGCGCCGUAGGCCCGGCCGCGGCGUCGCGGGGCGAGCGGAGUGGUGGGACGAAGCGCUCGCCAUGUUUGCGGAGAGGCGCUCUGGCCGAAGCAGGGAGGUACUUAACUACAGGCUACACAUUUGUUCAGGAACCGUCUUUGGAUAAUGUUGUGGGAGAUCCUGCAUUAAAUGAACACUCCAGCAGCUCUUGCUCACCUGAUGUUGUUUCAAAUACAAAUCCAGUAGCUGCCUCACAGUAUCAUUCAAAUGGGUCAACAUACUGUAAUGAUUCCAGAAUAGUCAGUGAAUCUGCUGAACAAAAGUAUCCAAUCAGACAAGAAAGUAAGAGUCUUUUAAAGCAGAGGAAAGCAAAGGACAAUGAGAAGAAACCAGACAAGAAAAAGCAAGAUGGAGAGGAUUCUUCUGUCAGAAUUGUGAAAAGGGCUGCAUUACAGACCUCUGCAGGCAGUGAAGAUUCCGUGAAGCCAGACAGGUUCAGUAAAACUGCAAGCAAGAAGUCAACUCAAGCUCCAAAAAUAGAGUCUUCUCCUGCAUUUGAAACUACUAUUUUGGAUUUCCACAAGUUGCAGAGUUUGGGAAGCAGUGAGAUAUUGAAUGUGCAUCAUAAAAAUGGACCAGCAUGUUCAGUGGAAAGUAACAUUAUAUGCCUUAGCCAACCACAGAUGUCUCCUUUGUUGAACACAGAGAAAGACGUUUCUGUGGAAAGCAAAGCCUCGUCAAAAACUUCAAAGGAAACAGUAGCAAGCUUAAUUCCCUCUUCUUUUGAUGGUAGAGAUGGCUCUGCUCAGCCACAUGUGUCUUGGGCCACGGUUCUUUCACAGUCCCCAAAGAAAACCUUUUCAUCACCAGCAUCUGAAUGUCUUCCCAGAUACAAAGGGAAGCAGGAUAGUCAAGCAAAGGCAGAAACAAAAAAAUAUGGUAGUGAAACUGAGCUUGAAGAAGGGUCAGAAAAGAAGAAGAAAAAGAAGAAAAAGAAAAAGAAGAGCAAGUCACCUACUAAUGUAGAGAAGCCUUAUAAUGAAUCUACUACAGUGCAGAAACCACCGAGGAUUGAGGAUGCUGAGGAGUUUCCUGAUCUGGCAGCUGCUUCUGAUCAGAGAAACAGAUUAGGAUCUCAGAAAACAACAUUUGUUCCUGCUGGCAGAAAGCAAUCUGAAGAAACAUCCAAGAGCAGUGGUAAGAAGAGUCAAAUUCCUGUGCAGUUGGAUUUAGGUGGCAUGUUGGCAGUCUUGGAGCAGAAACAGCAAACAGAGAAGUCAAAACAAUGUUCUAAACCUGUGGUUUUUUCAGUUGCUGGUACCAUACCAUUGCUUUCUAAAGAAUCUGCUACAGCCACAAAAAAUCACCGGUUAAACCAAGGAAAGAUGCCUCAUAAUCCCUUGGAUUCCAGUGCUCCUUUGGUGAAGAAAGGGAAGCAGAGAGAAGUCCCUAAAGCAAAGAGACCAACACCUCUUAAAAAGAUUAUUUUGAAAGAACGAGAACUGCGAAAACAGCAACACCUGUUAGAACAGACAGCAGUACCAAAAGAUGGAGGUAAUUCUUGUGUGUCUGCAGAAAAUACUACUGAAGAUGAAGCACUUCCACAGGAUAGUCAAGCAGUUGUUCCUGUAAUGCAAGUUGCAGAAGGGCUUCUGGAGAGCACAAAGAUCAAGGAAUCUACAGAAAGCUCUAUGACUUCAAAGCAGUCAACAUCUAAUCUUCCAAAAAUCCAUAGUAGAAGAUUUAGAGAUUAUUGCAGCCAAAUACUUAGUAAAGAAGUUGACAGUUGUGUCACAGAUCUCUUAAAAGAACUGGUUCGGUUCCAAGAUCGGUUGUAUCAGAAAGACCCAGUAAAAGCGAAGAUAAAACGCAGGCUUGUUAUGGGCCUUAGAGAAGUUUUGAAACAUCUGAAGCUGAAAAAACUGAAGUGUGUCAUCAUCUCUCCUAACUGCGAAAAGAUUCAGUCAAAGGGUGGAUUGGAUGAGACUCUUCAUAACAUUAUCGACUGUGCCUGUGAGCAGAAUAUACCAUUUGUUUUUGCUCUUAAUCGCAAGGCCCUAGGUCGCUGUGUGAACAAAGCAGUGCCUGUGAGUGUAGUGGGAAUUUUUAGCUAUGAUGGAGCUCAGGAUCAUUUUCACAGAAUGGUACAACUGACAACAGAGGCUAGGAAAGCCUACAAAGAGAUGGUAGCAGCUUUAGAGGAAGAAGCUGAAGGAAGUCAAACAGAAACUGAACUCAGCAUCAUAACCACUGAAUUUGAAAAAAGCUGCUUAUCAGAAACUGGUAAAGCUUCUCCCAGUGACCAUGAUGAGGAUAUACCAAAUUACAUUAAAAUCUGGAAGAAAAACCUUGAAGAAGAAUAUAACCCCUAUGCACUGGAACUGGAAAAGACUGCAACUGCUGACAUGAUGGUUUUGAAUUCAGAAGAGCAUCACUAAAUGCAGAUCCUAUUCUGCUGGGCUUUCAAGGUUUAUUUUGUAAUAGAUCUACAUAUAUUUUAUCUAAAAUUAAAUAUCCAGGUAGGAGAGUGGCAAAAAAAAAAAAAAAUUUAAGUCAUAUAAGUAAGCUGUUCUGAAUCUCCUUACAGAAAAUGCACACUGGAGUAUAUGAGACACUGGCUCAUUCUUCUAAGUUCUGUGUGUACUUGGCUGAUUACUGUAGCAGAUGAUAACAGCAAACAAGUUGUUUUAACCCAGAACAACCUGAACAAGUUUAGCAUAUUAGUAAUCGUUUUAUGGACUUAAAUUUGUUAACAGUGCAAUAUACCGAAAGAAUUUGUUAGCAAGAUUGUUUGGGGAGAGAUUCCAUAUGCUGGAUAUUUGGAGCUUUGGGGAUUUGUUUUCUAUUUCUAACUCUUGUUUAAGAAUUCAAACUCUUUAAAAAAAAUUUUUGUUGUUGCUUUUGUUUGUUUUUCAUAAUCCUGCUCAGAUGAGCAGGUUGACAUAAGUGUCACUUUAUACCCUUCAGCAGGAGGUGAAUUCUGGGCAGGCAGCUAGUUGGAAACCAAUUAAGGAAAACCGCAAUGAAGAAUUGAAGAUUACCAGUUAGUUCUUCCCCUGUGAUAAUUUGUUGUUCUGGGAGUGUACUGCCGGUGUAAAGGAAAGAGUACAGACUAUAAUGGUCUGAAAUUCGUGAAGUUUUCACUUUUCAGACCCUGUUUGGCAAGUUGAUAGUCUGGACAGUAAUAAUGCUUUUGCUCUCUGAUACUACUGCAAUCAGUUCAGUACAGGUCCUGCUUUCAAGCUGGAGGACAUAAGGUGGAACAGCUUGCUUUCCUGUCUGUAGCUUCCCAUGCUGACAGAUUCCUCAUUCCUUUGUUUCAGGGUUAUGCCAGUGUAUAUAUGCAAGAGUUUUUAAGUCAAUAUCGGUUUGUAUCUAAGAUAGGGAUAGUUUUUAUCCUCUAUAUUAAGUAAAUUUUGAAAACAAAAUGUGCUCAUAAUGGUAUGGUUGAGCACUUUCAUGGGAAUGUAGAUAUAAACACCUCUGCUUACAGCUUACAGAUGUAAGAGGCCUAAGAAAGUCACUGGAGGAGGCACAUAUAACUGAUCCACUGUUCUGAAAAAAAGAUAUAGAUACCGUGUGCUGCAGCCAGCAUCUCUGUCAUGCAUUUAUAAAUACUGGAACACUUUUAACAACAGUAGUGCUAUACUUUGGAAAGUAGCUGCCUCAUGAAGUCAGAUGUGAUACAGAAGUCUUUAAAUUAUUCUUAGGUGACAUUGCACCUUCUUAAAAACAAGAUAUAAGAAAGAAAAAUUAUUUCAGAUACUUCUGCUUAAUGGAUGCAGAAGGCCAAAUCUCUGAACAGCACUACAAUGAAACUGUGAAAUAAGUAGGUCCACACAUUUUCAAGCUUCAGUCAUCCACUAGAAAUAAAUGAACUCAACACAAA